CACCCUCUCCCCGCCUCUGGUGUCCGCGACAUGGCUCUCAGCUCGGGCGGCUGGGCUCCUCCAGCCCCGGUCCCUGCCUCGUCUCAACAGGCUGCAUGCGGCGGGCCUGCGCCGACGGCUUGCUGCAGUACUGUUCUAAUGUCAGUCCGGGUGUCGGUGUGCCACUCCGGGAUCCGGCCCCUGUGCCUCCCCGGAGCGGGCAGCGAGGCUCUGCGCCUCCAGCUCAGCAUGGACCCGAGCCGGGCCGGAGAGUUCCGACUGGCGCUGCGAGACACGAGCGGAAACCGCAGUGUGUUCAUCGCAGAGUUCGACCUGCGCUCAGUGCAGUACGAGGUCAAGUCCCCUCGCUGCCACGAGAUGCGUCUCGCUGCUCCGCCCCACGACUGCAUCCGCUUCAACUUCCGCUGCGACCGCGAGGCUGAGGAGUGGGCCACAGUGGUGAUGUCAUCACUAAGAGAGGCACACAGAGUUGCAAAUAUUAACACAUGUGAAUCGGAUGGCAGAAACAACGACACAGCAGCAGCUAUGGAGCAGUGGAGCUCGGCCUCGCUGCCGCUCACCGAGGAGCUUUGUUUGGAGCUCGCCAGGGCGAUUGAAGCCGGUGACACGCAAGCCGCUUCGCAGCACGCAUCCGCUCUGGCCCGGCAGAAAGCAGCGCUGACAAUUCAACUGUCUGAAAAGAACUACGCCGACGGAGAAAUCAGUUUAUCCGUGGUCGUGGAGGAUGUUUCGUCAUCCUGUUGUGUCACAGUGAAAGUCUUUCCUUAUAUGACUGUGGCUGCACUCAAGCAACAGGUGUUUCUCGAGUACGGCUUCCAUCCCCGCGUGCAGCGCUGGGUGAUCGGUCAGUGCUUGUGCACCGAGCCGAGGUCGCUGGCCUCCUACGGGGUGCAGAAGGACGGCGAUACAGCGUACCUGUACCUGAUCUCUGCCCGACAAGCCAGGAUCACCCGCCAGCUGUUCCAGCAGGACCUGGAGGGCGCCCUCCUCGCCCCACCUCUCCCGCCAGGCAACGGCCCCACAUCCCAAGACUGGAGGGGAUACAGCACCCUGCCCUCGAGGCUCCCCCACAACAACCAGGGCAGCACAGGUGGAGGAAGCGACAGAGCAGGUGACAUCAAAGAUGUCCUUGACAUCGAACAUCUGCAGCUGAAUGAUCAGACCAACAAAGCCAAUAAAACACAGCAGACGGAGUGGGCUUGUCCUUCAUGCACUUUCAUCAACAAGCCGUCCCGCCCGGGCUGCGAAAUCUGCGCUACAGCCAGACCUGACACACACAUCCAGCAGGUACAGGAGAGAGGAAGGAGAGAGGAUCGAGGAGAGUCUGGUUUAAGCAGCAGCAGCAGCAGCUGACUGCACAUCACCGCUGUCUGGUCGUCGUGUCUCAUCUUCUCACACACACAUACACACACAUACACGGAGCAAGGAUGCUAAAUGUGCCAUGUACAUGUUGACAAAAUACUCACAUAAAGACUGUCAAGUGCACUGAGAGUCCUCUGACAGCUGGACGGCUGCUGAAGACGUUUGAAGCACUGUAGCAUGACGCAGAGCGGCACUGGCCGAGGCUCAGACGACGAACUGCAGACAAGAGCGCGCCGGCUUCGACCAUUGGACAUGACCAUGACACACAUUUGAGCUUGGCCUGAUCUCUUUAUUUAUUUUACAGGGUAUGUGUGGUGCAGAUAACACAGAUGGCCUAAUAUUUAUUUUAGGUGAGAGAGAGGUCACGCACGCUCUUUGCAUUUGAAGGCAGCCAAGACGACGGGGACUUUCAGUUUCUGCUGACUGUGAAGUGAGAGGAGAGGUGAAGCCUUGUGCAGUAUCCUGUUCUGUUUGUUAGUGCGUCACCUGCAGGUGCCAUAAAUAAUGUUGGAAGCCAUGGCUGUGAAGAGAGGGUGUGUUUACAGGGUUGUCAAGUGCUUUUAUUUUUUUAUAACAUCGUAUUGAGUGUAUUAUUUUUAAACAAGCUGCAUUGAGUAAUUGAUGUACAUUUUAGCGGUUGAUCUAAUUUUACUGAGUUCUGAGCUGUGACAGCAAUGGAAUGAUUUGUUUUCAGUACAUAAUACUGUAAAAACUUGCAUUAGCUGAAUAAACAUAAUGGAACUAAACAA